AUGAUUUUUGAUGCAUUUGAUGCAGAUCACAGCGGUGUGUGGAGCUUGCAAGAGUUUAAUGCGUUUCAGCAAGGACUGGGGAAGGAAGCUAUGCUAGAAGUUACAGUAGCCGAGUUAUUUGGCGGUGCGCCGACAAUAUCCUUCGACCAGUUUCUUGAGACUUACGCAAGUUGUUCAGCCGCAAAACUUCUCGAAAUGAUGCGUCAACUUGGAAUUGGUUCACUCGGUGAUAUAGUGAAAGGCUCCAUUUCUAUAACGUCAACGCUAAGUGAGCCAUGCGUAAAGCCUUUGAGCGUACUACUAAGCUCACUGCGCUGGGCAGAUGCGAACUGGAAGAAGCUGCUACUUUUCACCAGGAGUACAAAGGACUUCAGUCUCGAGCUUCAGUUUUCCAAGUUUGCAGAAUUCGCGCAGAAGUACUUCGAGCAUAUCCCCCAGGUGUGUGACCCGCUUUUCGUGACGUCGUGGAUAGAGCGCCUAGAGGAGUUCAUGCAGCCCGUGCAUACUGAGCACACAAAAGAUCGACCCUGUCGCAGUAUUUUCUGUUCACUGGAGCGUGAAGCCAACAAGACGGAACAGCAACUGGAGUUCGAUGAUCAAAGCCGCAAAUUGCCGAGAGGUACAUCUGCUCGCCGCGCCGAGGGUAUUCCUCCGUUUCUGGAGAUGGCUACACUAGUUAGAGCGCACGUCCGCGGGCCUGAGUUGCUGGAAGUGUGCAGCAAAAGCAUUCGCGUUCGAGAAGGCGACUCCGAAAAACUUUGGGCUGAGCUAGCGCUCACUCAAUUUCAGCUGUGGGAAGCCCAUGUGAGGGCACUACACAUGCCGUCGAUCCUUGAGGUUUCGUCAGCACAAGAGUUGAAGCGGCCUCGAGGCACCAAGGGAGAUGCCAUGCCAGCUCAUACGCAGCUCCUCCAAGAAGCCUAUAGCACUUUCCUUAUUGCUAUGGAAUAUCCAAACAGCAAGUCGAGUCCUGAAUUGCUGCUUCCGCUGGUAAAGCUUUACAUUGAGUUCGGGUCGUAUCGGGGAGCGCUAGCCGUUUGCACGCUGUUAGUGGAAGGGUAUCCGACAUCCCCGCGUCUAAACGAAGCAAUCUUCUUGUCGGCGCUUACAGCUUCAGCGCUAGGGCGGCAUCGCGAAAGUGCCCAGUACUUUCAAAUUUUGGCUGAAGGGCAGGGGCCGUCAUCGUCGUUCCCGUAUCGCCUCGCUGCCUAUCAGUUCGGUCUCCUAACAGCGCUCGAGCUCGCACAUGUGCCAGGCAUGCGUGCGCUGGAGCGCGAAACGUACACCCAAGCCUACAAAGCGUUGGUUGCUCUUCCACCAGUAUUACCAUCCGAGAAGGCUGCGCACACUCUGUACACGACAUCGCGCAAGAAUGAGGAGCAGCGCACCUUGUUGUGGUGCCGUGACUUGCAGACAUGGUUGGAUCUAGCCCAGCGACUUGCAGGGCCAGCCAACGCACCCCACCUUGUACUUCUGGUACUUCGUGAAGCUCGCCGCAGAAUGAAAGCAGCAACAGGUGGAAUCCCGGAAUCAAAACUGCUCCUGGAAGGUGUCAGUCUAAUGCGAACCGGGGACAACCUAGCUGCCGAGAGGGUGUUCACCGAGGCACUUUUGAACUUGUCUCGCGACAAGUACUAUAGUGCCCGUCACGAGCGAUUUUUGCUGAAAAUGUGCAGUCCUGCGUGGCGUGCACAGUUUUCCUCUGAGCAAAAGAGUGCUGCACGCUUACAAGCGUUCCAGCGGCGAUGCAGACGACUGCAGCAGUGGCGCGUUGGUGUCGCGUAUGUUCUGGAACAGCGCCGGCAUGCUAUGGCGGUUCGAAUUCAAUGCGCGUGGCGAGGGUUUAGAGCGCGAGCUGAGCUUGAGGUUUUGCGCGACAAGCAGCGUGAGCGAGAAACUCAAUCAAACGUGGACAUGGGCAAACAGGAUGAUCGACUUAUCCAGCUGCGGCUGGACGCUGCUGCGAGAAAGAUCCAAUCACUACUUCACAUCGCGCGAGCUAAACGCACACUGCGCGCACUUCGAGCUCGGAAAGUUGAGCGUGAGGCUCUUUUGGCGAAGUUUGCUGGCCGUCGCACUGAACUUGGCCAACUUGGAGUCUUCCGUAGAUGGCGGAGCUUUGUCUUCAACCAAAAGCAAGAGCGUCUCGAGGCUGCGGUGCGAAUUCAGCGCCAGGUUCGAGCCUGGCGAAGCCGCAAAAUCUGCUUUCAACUGCUGCUGCUGAGUCAGCAGCGGAAUAGCAUUCUGCAACAAUGCCUGGCACGACGCUCGAUGUCCCUGAUCUCACGCGUGUUUCAAGCGUGGUAUACCGACCUCAUUGAAACUCGCAGCGAACGUGACUGGGCCUCACGACGUAUUCAACGAAGAUACCGUUCAAGGUUAGCAGUACGCCAAUAUCAUGCGGAGCUGCGGAGCCACCGCGCUGCAACUGCCACCAUGAAUCGUUUACUCUUGGAUCGCAGGCAGCAAAUACUGUUAAGCGCUUGGCGGGCGCUUGCGAACCACGCGCUGGUUCGUCGUCUACGCAAACGCGGUGCAGCUACAACCAUUCAAAAGUACGUGCGUGGAGCACUUUCCCGUCGACAAGCCAAACGACUCCGUGCACGUCGUCGGCGAGCUAUCAACGCUCUCGGAAAAGUGACUCGGUCACGCGAAGCUCAGCUCUUACAAACAGGAUUCGAUCUGCUCCGCCAGCAUGUGCAGGACUAUCAUCGGAGAAGAAGUGACGCUGUGAUACUGAUACAGGGGCUUUUCAGGGGCUUUCGCUGCCGCCAAAGGCUGAGUCGGCGACGAACGGCAGAGUUGCUGGUUGAUGGGAAUGUAACAUUUGGCAGUGGACUGAAAGGCCAGUCUCCAGACAUCGUGUUGUGGUCGUGCCUAUUAGCGCUUUUACGGUAUAUUCAUCAGCGUGACGCCGCAGCUGCUCAAUUGCAACAGUGGUGGAGACAUCGGCGAAAGCGUUCUCGAAUGCUUCGCGUGCUUGGUAAACGAGCAGCCCAGCGUCGACUUUUCGGCAGAUUGCAGCAGAGUUUUCACACACUUGCCAGGAGUUUCUUCCGAGAGCUUCGUGCUGCAUGCAACGCCACAAAAGCUCGACAGCAUGCCGCAGCAACCAAAAUCCAGCGCCGUCUGCGCUGCUGGUUGAUGCGUCGUAGAUAUCUGAGCACUCGUGAGCGGUACUCGGUUGCAGCUCAACGCGAUGAAAGGGUAGCGAGGAAGAUAGCCCUCCAGCGAGUGCGUCGCUUGUUUCGCGGCUGGCGAGACAUGGCCAUACAAACACGGCAGAAGCAACACGAGGCAGCUAGUUUGGUGCAGCGCACCUUCCGACGUCACCGGGCGCAGCGCCUAGCACGCGGCAUCAUGGCCAAAAAGGCCGCACAGGCAAGAAUCCUGGCCGCAGCGUCCCAAAAACCAUUGGAACGCUGCUUCCGUCAGUGGGAGGCAGCAGCCCUGCUCGAAAAGAGUGUGCUACAUGUGCGCAGUUCAUCGUUGAUCGGGUCCCGGGAGACCACACCUGUCAGUGGCCAGCGCACGCUUGGUACUGCAUCGGGGAGCAAGUUCGCCAAACCAUUGACGCUUGAGGAGUGCGCCCAGAUACCCUCGAUGCAUUUCUACACGAUGCUAAACCUUAAAAGCUUGGCCACUCACGUUGCCACGUUUGUUUUGUCUAGUGGUGGCACGGUCUUCAAGGGCCCGCAGCUCCGCCAAUUAAUUUCACUUGCCACGAGCGUAAUUGUCGACGGCGGUGGAGGGCUCACGAGUACCAGUCUUGAAUCGAGCUCCUCCCCUCUCAACCUCAACGAGCAGGUUGUAGAGACCCUCAAUAUCUGCUCGAGCUCAGCCACGAGCUCGUGUCCUGUGCAGUCGCUCAUUCUGUGCAACGCGCCUCUCCGCCUUGCGUCCGCGUCUCUCCUCGCUACAAUCUUGCAGCGCAGUCGUCGCAGCGCAAGCCUCGCGCUCGUGUCCGUGGUGCUCGCCAACAUACCGCUGGCUCCAGCGUCCGUCGUGGCCAUCGCCUGCGCGCUGGCUCAGAGUCCGAGCUGUCUGCAGCAACUGGUGCUGGAGCGCUGCGCAGUGGGCAGCGCCGGCGCCGCCGCUCUCUUCGAGGCACUGGCGCACAACCGCGCGCUCUGGAAGCUCGACCUCAGCGGGAACCACAUCGGGGACGCCGCCUGCCCGGCUCUGGCGCACGCGCUGCUGGCGGGUGGUACGUUGCGCGUGUUGGCCCUGAGCCGCAACUCUCUGUCGGACCGCGGCGUGCUGGGCUACGUGGCUCCGGCGCUGAGAUCGUCGCAGCUGGAGACGCUCGUGCUGCUGCAGAACCCGCGCGUGACGGCACUGGGCAUCGCGGCGCUGCGCCAAGCGGCAAAGGUGGCGACGGCGAGUGCGGCGUCGUCCUCCGGGCCGCAGGAUCAUCAGGAUCAAUUAGGGCUGCGCGUCCUUUCGGACUGA